CAGGAGGCUAAUAGUAACAUCUACAACGGAACCCACGAUCUUGCACGACUCCUCGUUGCUCUGUCUCCUAAGAAUACAUCUCUUGACUUGGGCCCAAUUCAUUCCAGGAAAUUAGGGUGCAUCUAAGCUGAGCGCAUUGCAAGCACAGGCGUUAUAUAAGGUGAAGCUUUCGCGAGGAAAAUGGGUAAGAACCAGUUGAGGCGGGCUAGGAAAAAGGCUCUUAAAUCACAGGCGACUGAGACGUCCUCAAACACACCCCAUGCGCAGGCCCAGGUCGAUGAAAACAUAUCGCCAAGUAUCUCCAAGGCUGCUAGUACAGAGCUACAAAUCACGGUUUUCCCGGAUUCUGCCGAUCCACUAUGGCAGAUGUAUAAGGAUAUCGUUGACAAAUUUGAAGAACCCGAAGAUGAAAAAUCGAGUUUGAAGGAGCCUCCAAAACCAGAAAUCUACUUUGACGAUGAUAAUGAAAUACCGGAUGAGGAAGAGAAAGAAUCUUCUAUAUCGAAACGGAAGCGAAAGGAGUUAAACAAGCUUUCUGUCGCCGAACUGAAAGCGAUGGUCCGAAGGCCUGAAAUAGUCGAAUGGACGGAUACAUCAGCCCCUGAUCCUCGGUUGCUUGUCCAUUUAAAGGCACAACGCAAUGUUGUCCCCGUGCCUUCGCAUUGGAAUCUGAAACGGGAAUACCUUUCUUCCAAGAGAGGUAUAGAGAAGCCACCAUUUGCUCUUCCCAAGUUCAUCCAGGAAACCGGAAUCUCGGAGAUGCGCGAUGCUGCAUUGGAGAAACAGGAGCAGGCAACGUUGAAACAGAAACAGAGGGAGCGAGUUCAGCCGAAAAUGGGAAGAUUGGACAUUGAUUAUCAAAAACUAUACGAGGCAUUUUUCCGGUUCCAGACUAAGCCGGAGCUUACGCGGUAUGGCGAAGUCUAUUACGAGGGCAAAGAAUACGAGACCAAUCUUAGACACCUCCGGCCGGGUGAGUUGAGUGCUGAGCUGAAAGAGGCGCUUAAUAUGCCACCUGGCGCCCCUCCUCCUUGGUUAAUCAAUCAACAACGAUACGGCCCGCCCCCUUCUUACCCGGCUCUGAAGAUUCCAGGUCUUAAUGCCCCUCCGCCCCCUGGCGCUAUGUGGGGAUAUCAUCCUGGAGGUUAUGGAAAGCCUCCAGUCGAUGAGCACAACAGACCUUUGUACGGUGGCGACAUAUUCGGUGUGCUACAACCUCAGCAAUCCGUGCAGCAGGGCGAACCCGUUGAAAAAGACCUUUGGGGAGAAUUACAAGAACCAGAUAUCUCAGAGGAUGAAAGCGAGGAAGAGGAGGAAGCAGACAGUGCGGAUGAUGAUGAUGAUGAUGAUGUCGAUGACGUUGAGGCAGGAGUGCAGACCCCAAGUGGAUUAGAAACCCCCAGUGGGUUGGCUUCUGCUGUUCCGUCUGAGAUGACGGGUCCCGAGAAUAUUGCUGGUGAGUUCGACGUACGAAAGCACUAUCGGGGAACUCAGACCGAAGAGUCGGUGGGCCAGAGAAGCGCUUUCCAAGUCAUCCCAGAGAGACAGACGCAAGUACAGGGGUUUUUCGGUGCUGAUAGGGCAUAUGACCUUGGUGCAUCCUCGAACACUCUGCCAGUGCUUGGCUCUGAUGACAGUGGCAAGAAACGCAAAAGGCCUGGAGACGUUGACGUAUCUGUUGAUCCCGAUGCAUUGCACGCGAACGAUGGCAUUGAUCGAGAGGAUAUAAAAAGGUUAUACGAUUCCCAGAAAAGACAAAGCAAUCCAGGCUGGGAUUUUCAGGAGGAUCUUAGCGACAUGAUUGCGCAUGAGAGCCGAAAGAGGCUGAAAUAGGCAGAUGAAUAAUUAGCCAUACUUCUUCCUGCUAAUACGAUUAUUUGGACAGCUACCGGUUCUUUUCCAUAGCUACUGCUUCAAAUAGAUGUGUCAUUCUCAUGUGUUGAGGGGCGUUUACCAUCAAAGAGGUUGAUCGGUGGGCUAAUUAAUUAAUUCAUACACACCUAUGUUGGCCCUAACGGCAACUUAUACAAUGACAUAUGUCAAAAGGAUUACCUGAUGGCCUCUUCCACCCUUCC